CGCAGAGUCGGGAGCCGCGGCGGCCGCGGGGUGCGCGGGGGCUGAGGCUUUUGCCUUGGGAUCCGCCGAUCCCGCAGGCGACCCGGCGAUUCGUGCACCGCUGUCCUGCUGCAGCACGGCCAGGGCUAUGCGAAGACGCGGUCGGGACAGCCUGGCGGGACUUGUGCUGUGCGUAGGACUCGUCGGGCACCCCGGGAUGCUGCACAGGGCCAAGUACAGCCGCUUUCGCAACGAGUCCGUCACGUCCCUGGACGAAAGCGGCCCCGGAGGAGGCGCGGGGGGCGACAAGGGCUCGCCUCAGCCUCCCUACCCCGCCCUGGCACCUCACCUGCCGCCUGAAGAUGCCACCUUGGCGGCCCAGGAGAGCCCCACCCCACUGUGCACCUUGAUCCCUCGCAUGGCCAGCGUGAAGCUGGCCAACCCGGCCACCCUGCUGAGUCUGAAAAACUUUUGCUUGGGUACCAAAGAGGUGCCCCGGCUGAAGCUCCAGGAGAGCCAGGACCCGGCUCCCAGCAGCCCGGCCCCCCCCGAAGCCGGUCUCACUAGGGCUGGGCCCGCACCUCUGCCGCAGCAGCCAGGCCCGGUGGGGCACAGGGCAACCGUCUUAACUCCCGAGGCCUGUCCCCUUCCUGGCGCUGGGCAGCCAACCCCAGGGAGCAGGCAGGACAGGCAUUUUCUGCAGCACCUGUUGGGGAUGGGCAUGAACUACUAUGUGAGGUACAUGGGCUGUAUUGAAGUACUGCAAUCAAUGAGGUCACUGGAUUUUGGAAUGAGAACCCAAGUUACAAGGGAAGCAAUAAGUCGCCUGUGUGAAGCCGUCUCUGGGGCAAAUGGAGCCGUUAAAAAGAGAAAGCCUCCAGUUAAGUUCCUAUCAACAGUUCUUGGCAAAAGUAAUCUUCAGUUUUCGGGAAUGAAUAUUAAACUGACCAUCUCAACAUGCAGCCUCACAUUGAUGAAUAUUGACAACCAACAGAUUAUUGCAAAUCAUCAUAUGCAAUCUAUUUCUUUUGCCUCUGGAGGAGAUCCUGAUACUACAGACUAUGUUGCCUACGUAGCUAAAGAUCCAGUUAAUCAACGAGCCUGCCAUAUAUUGGAGUGCCGCAGUGGAAUGGCCCAAGAUGUCAUAAGCACCAUAGGGCAGGCUUUUGAACUCCGGUUUAAACAGUAUUUGAAAAAUCCUUCUUUGAAUACUUCUUGUGAAAGUGAGGGGGUGCCUAUUGAUGAUCAUGCUGAGGAGCGAGAAGAUCAUGAGUAUUACAAUGAAAUCCCAGGGAAGCAGCCACCUGCAGGUGGUGUUUCAGAUGUGCGGAUCAAAGUCCAAGCCACAGAACAAAUGGCUUAUUGCCCCAUACGGUGUGAAAAGUUGUGCUACUUGCCUGGAAACUCCAAGUGCAGCAGUGUGUAUGAGAACUGUUUAGAACAAAGCAGGGCAAUAGGUAAUGCACAGGAGAGAGGAGUGCAGUCCCAUCGAGAUGCCUCAUUAAUGAAGCACGCAUGUCGAGUGGAUUUCUUCAAUGAUCCCUGCUACAUAAACACACAGGCUUUUCAAAGUACACUUGGCUCUGCCCCAAAUCAAAGCUCAGCUCACGUGUUGGGGAGCCCAUGGCACCGUGAAAAAGCACCAGAAACUGUUCAGCCUGGUGCCACGGCCCAGCCUGCCAGCUCACAUUCUUUGCCACAUGUUAAGCAGCAGCUGCGGAGUGAAGACUGCUACCAUGGCAAGCUGAGCCGAAAGGCAGCAGAGAGCCUCUUGGUGAAAGAUGGGGACUUUCUGGUUCGAGAGAGUGCAACAUCUCCCGGCCAGUAUGUGCUAAGUGGACUACAGGGAGGCCAGGCAAAGCAUCUUCUUCUGGUGGAUCCUGAAGGGAAGGUAAGGACCAAGGAUCACGUAUUUGAUAAUGUCGGCCACCUUAUCAGAUACCACAUGGAUAAUAGUUUGCCAAUCAUCUCUUCUGGAAGCGAAGUAAGCCUUAAACAACCAGUGAGAAAAGAUAAUAAUCCAGGACUUUUGCAUUCUAACAAAUGAUAGUAUGGAAGUGCCAUCACACUAAUAUUUCAAAAAAGUCCAUUUUGUGUUAGGACACAAAGAUAAUCCAAACUUGGUUUAUAGACAAAAUAGAGCACAAACUGUGAAGUACAUUUUUUCCAAGACCAUCAUGGGACUAUGUCUUUUAUCAGACAAAGAAAUAACAAAGAUCGAUCUUCAGAAAGUAAAACUUAGAAAAGGGGAAGAGGAUUAGUCCAUUUGAAAAGAAAUUAUACAUAUGCACGGAUGUCACUUUUUAAGGCCAUAUUGCAUUGAUAGCAAGCUAAAAGCACAAUUAAAAUUUCCCAUGCUAGAGACUAUUUGGAUGAACUGCUGGGGCAGUGGUAUGUGCCUUUCAACUUGAUAAUUUGGGGACAUUUUCAUAUUGGGGAGAUUAGUUCUAACUGUCUUCAUAUUCUAUAACUAUAGAACUAUUUGCCAAAAAGUUUUUCCUUGUUACAAAAAUAAGAAGCAAUCUGCUUGAUAGUUACUGACUUUACUACGUUUUCUGUUUAGUAGCACUUUCACUGCAACGUUAAAAUAAAUUUGACGUUGAAUUUGGAUUCUGUCUAUGCCAGUAGAAUCAAAUCAAAAGCCACUGAAAGCAUUGGUCUGUUUCAUUGGCCUGUCCCAUUCACUAGUUAAAGGGUUGGAGCCUAGAUUCUUUGGCCUCGUAUUUCUCAAUGUUUGCUAUUCAAACUGCAUAUAUGCAGCAUAGAACAAGCUGAAGAGAGGCCAAAUCUAUCAGUCAUUUCUAGUUCAUCAUAUUUCUCCCUCUUUCCUCCCCCACCCCCACUCAUGAGAAAGCUCCUGAGUGCAUAGAUUGAAAACAUGGAAGGCAGACCAGUGUUCAUAUUCAACAUCCAAAUUGGUUUCAUUCUUAUUUAAAGAACGAAUUUAUUUGAAAGUAUCAGGAAAUAUCCUCCUGAUUGGCUGUGACUGAAUCAUAGUCUCUCACCUACAUGUAUCCUCAGCAUCUUUUCUAGAUAUGAUCAGACAAAAUGCAGAAGGGAGAAAACACAUUGAAUGAAACAUUUGGAAAGGUCUGCCUCAUGUAGGUACACUGAUCAACUGAUGGUGUAAUUAAGUGUUGUAUAGAGAAGAGUGCUGGCCAGGUCUCUCGAAGUGACCUUGAGCUAGCUGCUGAACCUGACUGGACUCCCGUUUCCUUGUCUAUGAAAUAAGGGAGUGGGAUUAGGUGAAUUCAGAGAUGUAUCUCUGCCCUAUCAUGAGUCUAUAAAAAGCAAGUUUUCCAUUUAUUAGGGGUCAGCGCUGAUAGUUUGUAUAAUUAAGAUGAAAACUUGAGUUUAUUCCUUUAGUCUGUAUCUCUACUCACAGAAUAAAAGGCACAACUGAAAUCAACAUUCAGGUAGCAGAGACCCUGAGCCUUUCUGUCAAAAACAUUGAAACUUUGGAGUACUCUCAGUAGUGAUGGUGGAAGUGGAUUGGGUUGUUUGGAGUAGCAGAAAACUGCUUCAAUCUUUUACUUGCCUUUGCAUAUAGUGGUUUGGCCAUUACUUUAGGAUGCUUUUUUAUCCUGAGUAAUCUGGACAGUUGCCUUAACCCCACUUCAUUUUGGCUAUGUAGAUACAACUUAAUCUUUGUAAUUAUGAUAUAUUUGCUAAGUUUUAAAUAAAAUACAAGAAACUUUUUUGGGGUAGAAAUCAUCAGAAAUCAAGCACACUGAACUGUAAUAUUUUUCUGCAAGGGUUUAUGAUUUUAUUCUACUCUACUGCCACUGAUUGCUUAGGUAGGUUUGUUUCCUUUUAUACAACUAGGAAAUAAUGGCUGUUUCAUCACUUUUACAUAUAUCUUGGUUUUUGAUGAUCUGUCUUCGUGAAGGGGGUCAGCGUGAGUAUAGAUCAUAGAAAUUUGUGGGUGAUCUAGUCACCUAUCAGAGUCAGAGUAGGGUUGUGAUCUCAGUCUGGUUGAGCAGAGUGUUAACUGGGUUGCAGGAAGAAGUUCCUGGUAGAAAUAGGUGCAGAGAGUAUAAACAAUAUGAGCAGAACAUGGAUACUGGUACAUGAUGCACCAGUACAUGGAUAAUCAGUAUUUGACUGUAAUGUUAUAGUAGUUAGAUAAGCAAAUACUGCACUUACAAGUACCGCAGACACAGUUCAAACAAAAUGAAACAACAGAAGAAAUAUUUUAUUGCAUGCUAUUUUAAUCACACACACUUAUCUUCAUCUGUUUUAAAGUGGAAAUCCAUUUGCCUAUAAAUAUCUGUAAACAACUUUUCAAAAAAAAAUAAAUGAUCAUUGCUUUAUGACAAUUGAGA